CAUGUCAAAUGUUAAAACUGUUGUCAAAUUUGAAAAAACUUCCAUUUGGUAUUUUCAUAAAAGACAUACUUCUUUGUAACUCCAUCAUUUAAGAAGAGGCGUAUGUUUAGUUUUAACGAAAAAUAAUUGGUUCUGGUUCAGUUCAGUAUUUUAAUUGAUAAAAUUAAAUCAGUUGUCGAAAGUUAAGAUGGUUCUAUGAAACGGGAUCAAGAAUACAAAGAAGAUAGGAUCAAUAUAUCAGAAUAUAGGUAACCGGUGUAGAAAGUCAAAAAAUGGAGGCCCUGAUUCCUGUAAUCAACAAACUGCAGGAUGUAUUCAACACUGUGGGAUCCGAUGCCAUCCAUCUACCACAAAUCAUAGUUCUAGGAUCUCAGAGUUCUGGUAAAAGUUCGGUUAUUGAGAGUUUAGUUGGCAAAUCAUUUUUACCCAGAGGUACGGGAAUUGUUACCAGAAGACCCCUCGUUUUACAACUAGUAUACUGUCCAAAAGAAGACAAGGAUCACAGAAAUGCCCAUGAUGGAACAGUGGAAAUUGAUGAAUGGGGAGUAUUUUUACAUGCCAAAGAUAAAAUAUUCAGGGAUUUUGAACAAAUUCGGUUAGAAAUUGAAGCAGAAACAGCAAGAAUGGCCGGAAGUAACAAGGGUAUUUGUCCAGAGCCUAUAAAUCUGAAGAUUUAUUCCACAAAAGUUGUGAAUUUGACACUGGUUGAUUUACCAGGAAUAACGAAGGUUCCUGUAGGAGAUCAACCUCCUGAUAUAGAACAACAAAUUAGAGAAUUGGUGUUGAAAUAUAUUGCCAAUCCAAAUUCUAUAAUUUUGGCUGUGGUGACAGCUAAUACUGACAUGGCUACUUCAGAAAGUUUAGCUAUUGCAAAAGAUGUCGACCCAGACGGUCGGAGAACCCUAGCUGUAGUUACCAAAUUGGACUUGAUGGAUGCAGGUACUGAUGCCAUUGAUAUUCUGUGCGGUAGAGUGAUUCCUGUCAAACUGGGAAUUAUUGGAGUGGUAAACAGAUCCCAGCAAGAUAUUAUGAACAAUAAAACUAUCAAAGACUCAUUGAAAGAUGAAGCCACGUUUCUGCAAAGCAAGUACCCCACUCUUGCAGCGAGAAACGGUACACCUUAUCUAGCGAAGACUUUGAAUAGGCUGUUGAUGCACCAUAUUAGAGAUUGUUUACCAGAUCUCAAGACCCGGGUCAACCUGAUGAUGUCUCAGUACCAUUCUCUACUGAGCUCUUAUGGUGAAGAUAUAUCGGACAAAAGCAAAACUUUGCUGCAGAUUAUAACAAAGUUUGCAUCUGCAUAUUGCUCGACUAUUGAAGGUACUUCUAGGAACAUUGAGACGACAGAAUUGUGUGGGGGUGCUAGAAUAUGUUACAUUUUCCACGAAACAUUUGGAAGGACUUUGGACUCGAUACAUCCUUUAUCUGGAUUGCACAAAAUUGAUAUUCUCACCGCUAUCAGGAAUGCAAAUGGCCCUCGCCCAGCUCUGUUUGUACCUGAAGUGUCCUUUGAGUUAUUAGUCAAAAGACAAAUUAGAAGACUGGAAGAGCCAUCUUUACGAUGUGUGGAACUGAUUCAUGAAGAAAUGCAAAGAAUUAUACAGCAUUGUGGUAACGAGGUACAACAAGAAAUGAUGCGUUUCCCAAGAUUGUAUGAGAAAAUUGUUGAUGUUGUUACUCAACUUUUGAGGCGCCGGUUACCAACCACUAAUGUUAUGGUGGAGAAUCUUGUAGCCAUAGAAUUGGCGUACAUAAACACGAAGCAUCCUGACUUCUAUAAAGAAAUCUCAAUGGUUCCCUCAAUGAUCAAAUCCGGCGACGGAUCUAGACCAAGCCGACCCAAGAGUAUGUAUGGAAAAUACCAGCCCGACGUACAGGAAGUGGUAAGUAAGAUGCCACAAAAUGUUCCAGCUCCUUUAAGCUCAUCCCAGGAACAGGAUGAUUUCUUUAACUAUCUUUUUCGAAUUAUGCCUGCAGCUAGCUAUGAUUUCAUGAGAGCUGUUCAGACGCGAUCCACUCAUAAUCCUCAAGUGAAAACCGAACCGAAUUCAUGGAUGCCUAAUCAUCCUCAUAAUGGUGUCGAAAAUGAUCUCAACCAUGCAAAUUCUGUGGCGGAAAUUAAAAACGAGGCUGAAUUAAGGUCCGUUUUGAGUCCUCAGAAACCAGUUAAUUUGCUUCCGGAAGUACCCAUAAACACCAGCAGAAAAUUGUCUGAAAACGAGGAACAUGACUGUGAAAUCAUUGAACGUUUAAUAAAAUCUUAUUUCUACAUUGUGAAGAAGUCCAUUCAGGACACAGUACCCAAGGCGGUGAUGCAUUUCUUAGUUAAUUACGUGAAAGACAACUUGCAGUCUGAGCUAGUGACACACCUCUAUAAAGCUGACAAUGCCGAUAAGCUGUUGGAUGAAUCUGAACAUAUUGCUCAGAGACGUAGAGAAGCAAGCGACAUGUUGAAGGCCCUCCAAAGAGCUUCUCACAUAAUAAGUGAAAUACGUGAAACGCACAUGUGGUAAUUAAAGCAGAUAGUGAUCUACAGAAAUAGUAAAUUGUUAAAGUGUCAUGUGACUAGUCAUGAUUCGUAUGUUGACUAUUAUUUUCUUAUAUAAUUCUAAGCCAAAUCACACCUUUCAUCAUUGAUCUUCAUGUGAAAUUCUUUGAGGAGGUUAGGGUGUUUUCAGAACAGUGUCUAUGUUUUGAUAACAAGUGGUUUCAUAUUUGGAUUUGUCUAUAAAAUCAAGAAAGUUUGUGGAUUUUUCAAUAAGAUUACUCUUAUCACAACAAUACUUUCUUUGUGAUUUUGAAUAAGACUUUUCAAACAUGAAUUUUAUCAAUGAGUAAUUUAUUGGUGAAAAAAUCAAUGGAAUAUUUGAUAUAUUAUAAGCAAUAUUACUAGGGUUUUGUGUACUUUUCUAAAUUGAACAGUAAUGUUGCUUGCGAUGAGUUUUAUAAAUCCAAUUUUGAAACUACUUUCUAAUGAGUUGCAGCAACUUUUUUCGAGUGUUGAGUUUACAACUUGUUUACACAAAUGUCAACCAAAGUUUGUACUAAUGCAGGGCAUUGUUAUUUUUUUGAACUGAUUGAUUCAUUGAAGUUCUUUGAUAUUGAUAUUACAGAACAAUUUAUGUAAAUGCAUAUUUCCACCAUAUGAAAAACGCACAUAGUGCCAGUUUUACUCGUUAGUUUUGUUGUAGGUGCUGAAUAAGUAUUAAAUUUUUUUCGGUACUGUUUUGAGAUGAUUGCAUUUGUUAUUUAUCAUAUACAAUCAGUAAUUUUGUUGAUCUAUUGCACUAGGUCUAUUGGUAGUUGUCAUUCCUUGAUUAUUUAUAUCUCAUGUACCUAUAAUUUAAAUUUACCAUUUUCUCUUGUUUAUGUGAUUAAAACUUUUGAACCAGA